CCACUAGUCAUGAUCUGAGCUGAAUUUGGCUCAUCUCGAUGUGGUGUGGUUCAAACCACAUUACAAUUGGUUGUGCGGUUGUCGUAUAGAAUUAGAUGCACCGGAAGCUGUAUGGCUUCCCUGACUCAUGAUUAGAAAUUCACUUGGACCGGUAGAAUAGCUCUCAGCUUGUCUACCUUUCUGUGGACAUACCUAAAUUUUGAUCGUUCUUGCCACACCCAAUGCUCUUCACCACUAUCUGCUGCCCUUGAAGGUUCAUAGAAGUGCCAAGAUUGCUCUCUUUGGCAUAAAAUCUGUGUUUGAAUCAUAGGAUGUACCAAAGUGAUUGGUCUCUCUUUGUCACAUUUGUAAGGAUUGCCCCUUACUCCAUUGCACCUUUGAUUUUGGUGUCGGACAAUACUAUGGCAUAUAGAAUUAAUACCUAAUCUCAUUAAAACGCAUUAGAUGCUUAAAAAUUUGAUGCUUGUCAAUGAAAAAGGCAAAAGAAACCGAUUUUCUUAAAGACUUCAACUUUCCAAAAACAAAAAGGAAUAGGCACUCCAAGAUAAGAAACCGCUUAACAUAAUCUCCCUCUUUCUAACCAAACCCUCUUAUUUUGUUCCGUGUAGAUCAAGUCCUCAAAAACCCUAACAAAGAUUUUGGUCUUCUACGAAGUCUCUGUGAUACCAUCAAAUCAAAUUCGUAGUUCUUCACUUUGGGUUUAGUCUAAACAUGGCUGAAGUUCAAGCUCUCGUCAAUGAACUCGCCACCAAGCUCCGGAAACGGAAGGUGGAGGGUUCACGAGAGACUGCUCGGCUGACGGCGGAGUUGUUACGGACGGUAAUAUCCCAGCAGAGGGUGACUUCAGCCGCCCUUGUUGAGGUCGUCAGAGAUGUUGGUCAGCAGCUUAUUGCUGCUAACCCUGUUGAGCUUGCUGUUGGGAACAUUGUGAGGCGUGUUCUGCGCAUCAUUAGGGAUGGGGAUCUUUCACCGGAAGUUGGAGGAUUGACUUUAGUCUCCCAGGGUGAUGAUGGAGAUAUUGUUGAGGAAGAUGAUAAACCAUUUCUAUUAUCUGAUGCUAUUUCCCAAACAAUUCUCCAUCCACCUUCCUUGGUUGCACAGCUUGAAAGCAAACCCAACUUGGUUUGCCACUUUGAGGGAAAAGCAGAUAAAACUCCGAGUAGCUGGCAAUUUAAGCACCAGAUCAUUGAGGGAGUUAAUGAUCUCAUUGAGGAUAUAAAUACUUGCCAUGAACUGAUCGCAGACCAGGCAUUGGAGCUUAUACAUCAAAAUGAGGUGAUACUAACCUUAGGUCACUCGAGGACUGUCAAGAAGUUCCUCUAUGCUGCAAAGGAGAAGAAAAGAUCUUUCCAGGUCUAUGUGGCCGAGGGUGCUCCUAAGCAUUUGGGGCAUGUGCUUGCAAACGAGUUAACUGAAAAGCAUUUGCAAACAACCGUCAUUCCUGACUCUUCAGUGUUUGCCAUGAUUUCAAGAGUUAACAUGGUCAUAGUCGGGGUUCAUGCUGUGAUGGCCAAUGGUGGGGUCAUAGCCCCUGUUGGGAUGAAUAUGGUUGCACUUGCUGCAAAAAGGCAUGCUGUUCCAUUUGUUGUGGUUGGUGGCACUCAUAAGUUAUGUCCACUGUUUCCUAACAAUCCAGAGGUUUUGCUGAACGAUAUGAGAUGUCCAUCUGAGCUAUUAUCUUUUGGGGACUUCUCAGAUUGCAUGGAUUUUAGUGUUGGCAGUGGAUCUCCUCUUUUGCAUGUUGUUAAUCCUGCAUUUGACUAUGUGCCACCCGAGCUAGUCAGUCUUUUUGUUACUGAAAUAGGGGGUUAUCAUCCAUCAUACAUCUAUAGGCUCAUUUCGGAUUAUUACUCUGCUGACGAUAUAGUUCUGCAACAAAAACCUGCUUCCUGAAAUUGAAUUCUCUAAUUUCAUGAAGGAGUUAUUUCUGUACUUUUUCAAAUUAUUAUGUAACAUCAGAAUAUAUAGUCAUUGUAGUCUUUAUAUAUAUUCAAGUAUCACAAAGGAAAACUAUAUUAGUUAUUUUCUACCUUUUAGA